GAAGGCGGGAGGGCGGCGACCGGGGCGGAGGGGUCUGUUCUCGCCGCCGCUGGCGGGAUCCGGAUGGCAGGGAGGGCGAGUGGGUGAGGGUCGUCCCUCUGGAGCCGGAGAACGAGGGCCGAGACUCACGCCACCCCUCGCGCCGUCUUUCUGGGACUCGGAUGCAAAUGGAGGAGGCUGAGGGGAACACCACUGUGUUCUCCAUCCUGAAGUCCUACAACAACUUCAUGUCCCUCUCUAUGGAGGAAUCUUCUGUCCAAGAGGCACCACAGUCUCCGGGCUCACUCCAGACACAUUACCAGCAAAUGAUGAAGCUGGAAGAGCAGGCCGGGCAAAUCCAUUCGGGCACGCGGCUUGUGCAGAUGGAACGGGAGAAAAUGCAGAUGGAAUUAAGUCACAAAAGGGCUCGGAUUGAACUCGAGAAGGAAGCCAACUUGAACGCCACCAAAUUUGAGCGGGAGGCUGAUCGUAAUCAGGAGCUCCUUAAGCGCAUCAAGCAAUGUCAGGAAAGGGAAACCGAGGUAAAAAAUGCCCUUCAGGAACAACUUGAGAUCAACAAGACCUGCCAGAAGAACAUGGAGACCCUGAAUCAGAAGCUGCAGGAGAAGGAGGCCAAGCUGACCGAGGCAAAUGAAACCAUCAGUGUCUUGAAGGGGAAAAUAUCGGAGUCACAGUGGAACACGAUGAAUCAGGAGAUGGAGAUGAAAAAGCAGGAAUCCCAAAAUCAGGAGUUGACCGAACAGCUGGAUGUGCUCCACAAAAAAUGGCAAGAAGCCACUCAGCAUAUCCAAGUUCUUCAGGCAAGGGAGGAGCUGAUGUCUAAGAAGGAGCAGAAGAUUCAGGACCUCGAGCAGAAGCUCUCCAUGCAAGAACAAGAUGCGAUCAUCGUGAAGAACAUGAAGACGGAGCUGGCUCAGUUUCCCCAGUUGGAACGGGAACUGCAGCAACUCAGGGAGGAGAACGCCUACCUUAGGGAAAUGAGAGAAAACAACGGAUUGCUGAAGGAGGAAGUGGAGGGUCUCCGAAAGAAGCUCCAGCGAUUUGAAAAAGUCCAGGCAGAGCGGGUGGCUUUGGAGCUGGAGAAGGAGAAACUUCAGGAGAAACUGAGCAUGUGGGAAAAGGCGGAUCAGAACAUGGGCUUAGAUAUCAAGAGUCCCGAUGAUCUUUCCAGGCACAUAAUCGGCCUGCAGCAACGGGAGCUGAUCCUGAAAGAACAGAACUCUGCCAUCUCCAGCAGCGCCAGGCUGCUGGAGAAUGCACGGAAACAACUGCAAGAAGAGUUGCUGAAGGUUCAGAGCCAGCUCCUGGAAGAGAAGAAGAAGCGCGAGCAGCAAGAAGCCAUGCUCAAGUGUCUUCAGAAACACAUGCAACUUCUCAUCAAGGCCCGCGAUGGAAUGAGGUCCAUUCUGGAAUUCUACGACAGCGAGCUCAAUCCGUCGGAGCACUCGCCGCAACUUACCUUCCGCGUGCGAGAAGCCGAGGAGAUGGUGCAGAAGGCGGAGGCCCACUGCACCGAAAUGGAGGGCCAGUUGUCCCAGGCUUUGGAAGAGGCAGGAAAUCAGAAGAAAAGAGCAGACAUGCUGGAGGUAGAACUUCAGAUGUUGAAGAGACAAGUGUCCACUGUAGAGCCCAGCAACUUCCUCACCAAAGAAGAGCUGGAUACGCUGAGGUUAAAGAUUGAGGAACUGGAAUCCGAACGAAGACGCUUCGAACAAGAGAACAGAUCUCUGGAAGCACAGCUGGAACAAGCCGCGCUUCGGGGCUACCACGAUCCCAGCCGGACCAAAAUACUCCACUUCUCCAUGAACCCAGCCAGCCUGGCCAAACAACAACGUCAAGAGGAGAUGGCGAACCUGCGGGAGGAAUGCGAACGCCUCCGGGAGAGGCUCAGAGUUUUAGAAGGUGGAGAUGCUGGAGGCACCAGCAGCAGCAGCAACUGCUCAGGGAAACUGGAGGGUGGUGCAAAUCUCCAGUCCCACCCCGAAAUUGCUGAAUUAAAGAAGCAACUGGAAAGUGCGGAGUUGAAAAACCAGCGCUUAAGGGAGGUCUUUGGAACGAAGAUUCAAGAAUUUCGCAAAGUGUGUUAUAAACUGACCGGCUACCAUAUUGAUAUUACGAUUGAGAAUCAAUACUGUCUCACCUCUGUCUAUGCCGAGCACAAAGAAGACUGCUUGAUCUUCAAGACCUCCAGAACUUCGGGGGCAAAGAUGCAGCUGCUGGAAACCGAUUUUUCGCAGACGGUCCGUGACUUGAUAGACCUUCACCUCCUGCAGCAGGACAGCAUCCCUGCCUUCCUCAGCGCGGUCACCCUGGAACUCUUCAGUCGGCAGACCAUGGCUUAGCCGCUUCGGCUGGGCCAUGUAGUCCUUGCAUCAGCUGCCCCUGGCUUGCAGGUGGAAAGGAUUCGCAGGACCUCUGCUGAGGCACCGAUCCGUUAAGAUGAACCGGACUUUUUCUCUAUUUCAGUUACUAUCUGGGUAUUUCAGGGCCCUGUAGCGAUCCUUCAGUGUUUUUCCUAUUUUCUGAAGAAGUAACCUAAAAAUCCUUCCUUCCUUCCUUCCUUCCUUCCUUCCUUCCUUCCUUCCUUCCUUCCUUCCUUCCUUCCUUCCCUCCCUCCCUCUUUCCCUCCCUCCUUU